AUGUCGGGUCGCGGGGUAUUGAGGAAGCUGUUUUAUAAAAAGCAGCAUAAUAAGGAUGAGCGCGCGACUGAGAUUGGAAUGCCAACGAACGUUAAACAGCAUAUACAUGUCAGUAAGAACUCAGAAACGGGUAUGUUGGAAGGUCUACCUGCAUCAUGGUUAAGACUAUUAAACACACAAAUUACACCUGCUGAACAAAAUGAAAACCCAGACGCGGCCAUUCAGGCCGUCAAGUUUCACAUGUACUCGAUCAAGAAGGAAAAAGCGCUGGACGAACCGUUCAAGCCUUUUGUGACAGAAGAAGCUAUUACUGAAGAAGAUUUGGAGAUAGAAAAAUUAUUAGAUAAAAAAAAUGCCCACCAAAGUCAAGACUCCGAUUUAUCAAUUGGUCAGAGCAGUGAGGAGGAUGUUGCACCAAAUGAUAAGUUCUCUCAAAGGCAAACUAUGCCUGCAGCACCUAACAAACAUGGCAUGAAAAAAAAAGAUGCUAUGGUUGACUUAACUGCUGUUGUUCAAGACUUAACAUUGAUUGGAAAUGAGUCGGAAGAGAGUCCUAUACUAAGGAAGAAGGAGAUGAUGAAUGCUGCAUUAACUGAUGAAGAAGUAUAUGAGGAAUUGAAAAGGAUUUGUAAUAAAGAUGAUCCCUAUGUAAGGUUUGAGAGGGUUAAGCAACUUGGUGCUGGUGCUUCAGGUGUUGUGUUCAUCGCUAUAGAUAGCAAGGACAAUUCCAGGGUGGCUAUCAAAGAUAUAGACCUGACAAAACAAUCUAAAAAAGAUCUCAUACUUAACGAAAUUAAUGUGCUAAAAGGAUUUCACCACAAAAACCUCGUGAACUUUCUUGACGCUUUCUUGAGCUAUGAUCACCUUUGGGUUGCCAUGGAACUACUAGAUGGUGGCUCAUUAACAGAUGUUGUUACUGAAGUAGUUAUGAAAGAGGGCCAAAUCGCAGCCGUUUGUCGUGAAACUCUUCAGGCCAUUGCUUUCUUACAUUCAAAAGGGACCAUACACAGAGAUAUUAAAUCUGAUAAUGUAUUACUUGGAAUGGAUGGUACAGUUAAAGUCACCGAUUUCGGAUUCUGCGCUAACAUUGUUGGCGAUGAAAAGAGACAGACAAUGGUUGGUACUCCAUAUUGGAUGGCGCCAGAAGUUGUCACAAGGAAACAAUACGGGAAAAAGGUGGAUGUGUGGUCAUUAGGGAUCAUGGCUAUUGAAAUGAUUGAAGGUGAACCACCAUAUAUGAAAGAAACUCCUCUCCGAGCUUUAUAUUUAAUAGCUGCGGUUGGCCGACCAAAGAUUCCAAGAUGGGAAUCAUUGUCACCGGCUUUUCAAGACUUCUUGGACAAAUGCCUACAAGUUGAUGUAGAUUUACGAGCGACUGCGGAUGAACUUCUGGCGCAUCCAUUCCUUGAAUGUGCAAUGGAGUUGAAGACUCUCACUCCAUUGAUCAAAGCCGCACAAAGAAUUCUUCACAAGAGUUACGACUAA